CCAUGCUCAGCAGUUUCAUCUCAGUCGAACUCAUAGACCCGAUUUCUCAAGUGUUGGACGACGGAAGUUUCAAAGUAUAAUUUAGACAUCCAGGCAACCUUCCAGUUCUCGUUUAGUGUCCAAAGAGAUACCCGUUGGCCAUGAUUACGAAAGAACAACUGAACCAGAUCUUGACUGACAAUCAUUACAUCACAAUCAGUACGGCUGCUGUCGACGUUGUUGUCGAAGACGUCAACCAAAUGGAUUGUAGUGACAACGAAAGAGCCAUGUUCCUGGCACAUAUGAUCCACGAGAGCUUCGGAUUUACGCGCUGGGUGGAGAAAAAUGGACCGGAAAUGAACUAUACACCACACUACGGCCGGGGCUACAUCUACUUAACCUAUAGAAGAAACUACCGGGCAUAUUCGAGGGCGAUCUUCGGAAAUCCACAAGAACUGGAUGAAAAUCCUGACAAGGUGUGCGAAUCUGAAAAAACGAUGAUGCGCGCUUCCAUGUGGGUCUGGGAGAACUUAGUCCGCCCCAAUGGAGGUCCUUCGAGAAACAACUUCUAUCUGACAACCAAGGCGAUCAAAGGUGAAAACGAGGCUGUAGACAGUUACGUGUCAUUAAGGAGGUAUAGCAUCUAUACUGACUUGGCCAGACUUCUCGGAGUUACGGACCUUGCAGUGAAUGAAGAUAGUUAAGAGUGCAUGAUACUGUAAGACGUUCGUAUUGAAGAAGUCGAUUGUAUCUAUAGUGCAUAAAUUUAAGUUGGAAGUUUUAAAUAAAAGAUUG